UAGUUGCAUAAUUUCCUAUCACUUGCAUAAAAUUGUAUCUCUGAUGAAAUUUUGGUGAAGAUAACCCACUCCUACGAAAGAUAUUGUGAUAUUUUAGAAGAUGGGAAAUGCUUCAAAUAUGACAAUAAAAUGUAAAAUGUAUCUCUGUCUUUUACUCUAAGAACGGGCCACACGAUGAGAACUUGAUUAUCUUCCUGUGCUAGUAAAUUGCAAUGUGGUAGGCAUUUGCAAAUGUUUUCACAGCAGUAAUACACAUGUCAGUCAAAAACUUCACUAUCAUGAUGAUGGCCUGUCUUCUUGCUUUGAUCAGUCAUGUGUCAGAACUCAGAACACAAUCUGUUUAGAAACAUCUCUGUAGCUCUGUCGGGUAGCAGCAUCCAAACCAAGUUUUCCCUUGGAUCGCGACGCCCAUUCCUUGUUUCUUCUUCUCUGCAGAUCCUUUCUUCCUCUGGGAGGUUCUGCAUGUUAAUUUUGUCAGACUGCAUUAACUUCUAACUAGCUCAGCGAUGAUCGAUAAUGUGGAAAAUUCACUUCAAACAUAUUUCUGAUUCACGGUAGUUUAUCGAUGAAUCCAAUGGACACCAACCACUUAGGGUAUUUUGCAAGUCAUGGAAAUCUAUCUUCUGUGUAUUAUCAAGGGAAAGAAGAUGGUAAUAUGAUUGACUUGGGUCUUAGUCUUAGAACUUUGCAGCCACAGGCUUAUCAUCCAUCUGAAAAUGAAGAUUACGGAGACCUGAUAGACUGGCAGGAGCUGCAUCCACAGCUGAGAACAGACUUUGAGUUCACUAGAAAUUUAAUAUAUGAUUCUGCUGACUCCACUGAUGGAGCUCAGAGCAAAUCACGGUGUGCUUAUGUCAAGGUUAAUAUGGAUGGUGUAGUUGUUGGUCGCAAAAUAUGUGUGCUUGAUCUCUCUGAUUACUCCAGUCUCGCAAUGCAACUUGAAGACAUGUUUGGUCCACAGUCUCUAUCAGGAUUACAUCUUUUUGAUACAACAUCAGAGUUUUGCUUGUUUUAUAAAGAUAGAGAUGAACAAUGGAGGAUUGCUGGUGAUGUCCCUUGGAGGGAAUUUGUAGAUAGCGUGAAGCGGCUAAGGAUUGUUCAUAAGAAUGAAGUUGGAAUGUCUGCUUCUGCAUCAUUUUCGUAGAGCUCUCUUGCAUUUACCUCUGAGUUCAGAUGAUGAAAGAGAUACAAGGAUUAUAAAGAAUAUCUCCACAAACUAGCCAAAUAAAAAUCUGCAAGAGUUAUGUUUUAGCUUUAUACCUUAGAAGAGUUAACAAAUCUGAGUUUACUGCCAAAACUUCUGAGGGCUUUAAAAGUUUCUCAGAGGGGGCAUUUUAUCAAUGUUUGCAAGCCUUCUCAAGCUAUAUAUCAGAUACGAAGCACAUUGUUUGAAGUGAUGUUCUGAAUAAAAUGUAGAUAAAGAUUUCAAGGUUCAGCUCUAAUGCUGAAGUUUUUGGAGCAUUUGGUUCCUAGAUUAGUACUAUUUGCUUUCCUAUAAUUUGUUGUACUGUCACUCAGAAUCAGCAAGAGAGCCUGUCGUGUAUGCGUGAAUAUUUAAAUUUCUGCAACCGAACAUUACAGAAAAAACAUGUCUACUAUUAUUUCUCACCAACAUGUUUUCUUAUCCUAAUCUCUAUCAUGAUAAUACAACAGCAGCAGAGUUUCUGCUACAGAUAGACUCUAAAUUGUGCUUAAAAAUCUCAACAAAUUCGCGAAGACCACGUAGGCCUAAGCAGCUUCAACCACCGCAGCCUCCUCCACAGCCCGCGCCACAGCCAGCAGCAUACGUCUCAUUGCUGGCAUCCUUCUCCCUCGAUGCACCGUCUGCACACGACAGAAUCACUGCUGAGAUGAAACAAAUGGACACCACAAGUGCCCACAGAAGGAGCAAUAAGCUGCCUAAGCCUUGGAAAUUUGUGUUGCUACUGGCUCUGCCACCUUGUAAGUUGGCUACAUGGAUCCAGGCUCUCACCAUCUACUAUCUGGUGCGUCUGAAAUUAUGUUGCAGCUGCUUAUUGGUUUAAAUGAGCAAAGCCCACAGGUUUCUUAUCUUUUAUAUGUAACUACUAGUCUAGGACGUAACGAAAUGUCACUUAUAU